AUGCCCGCGAACUCGUCGGUGCAACUUCAUCGGGAAGGUUUGGCUGUAAUCUCUGCCGGCCAGCCUGUCUCUGAACAUAGAUCCACGGGUGCAGUUGGAGACAACAUUUUAGUUUUUGGUGAUGGGAGUGCCAGGGGAGUUGCUGCUGGACUACUGAGUUUUGCGAUGGAUAAAAGAAAAAGAUUGUUUUAUACAUCGGACGAUGACCUGCUUGUCCUCAGGGAGGUAGUGGGUCUAAACCCUUUUGAAAAUCGGUCUCGGUGGAGCCUUAUUCAAAAAAAUAUUGAAAAAGCGACCGGCAAAGACUUUAAAGAAAAAGGCCUAAGAGACAGGGUGAGUCUCCUGGUGGAAAAAUUUGAAGAGAAGAGGAGAAUGGAGGAAUUCAAAGAACUGGAUCUUGAAGAGAAGAAAUUUGAAUCUCAGAGAGAAGAAAGAAAACGAAAAAUGCAAAUGGAAGAAGAAAGACUGGAAUUGGAAAAAAAGAAACUCAAGAUUGAUUUAGAUCUAUUCCACAACCAGCAAAAACUUAUGGAAAUUGCUUUCAAAGCCAAGUGUGGUUGCACCAGACAAAAUACAUUGAUCUAA